UAGAUCCGACCAUGGCCAUUCUAUCCGACAUGGAUGCCUUCGGCGUACGGGUAGCGUACCAGCAGGCCAAGAAGAGCUACGACGAGGGGGGCAUACCCAUCGGAUCGUGCAUCGUGCACACCACGUCCCGGGGCGUGGAGGUCCUCGGACAGGGGCACAAUAGCCGCGUGCAGAAGAGCUCUGCGACUCUCCACGGGGAAAUCUCGGCGCUGGAGGAUGCGGGAAGGUUGAAGGCGGAGGUGUAUCGCGGGGCGACGAUCUAUACGACCCUCAGCCCCUGUAUUAUGUGCACCGGAGCGAUCCUACUCUACAAGAUACCGAGAGUCGUGAUAGCCGAGAACAGGAACUUUGUCGGCGGCGAGGAGCUGCUGAGGAAGAAUGGUGUGGAAGUGGUGGUGCUGGACGACGACCAGUGCAAAGAGUUGAUGGGCAGGUUCAUCAAGGAGAGGCCGAAUAUCUGGUACGAGGAUAUUGGCGAGAACGUUCCGAAUGCAUGAGACGUACGCUCAUGCAUGUUCGGUACGGCAUUGAUCACCCAUCGCACUACCACGCCGAGAAAUAGCAGGCUUCCUUGCAACGCGUUACGGAACGUCGCGCAUAUACAGGCUGGUGUCGAGAGAAAUCAGAUAUUCUCCUUCGUGAAACCAAGUGAACUGGCCGUAUGAACAGAAUAAGCCCUGGCCAGGAUGCGUUACGCUGAACGCUCCCAAUACCUGGCGAGUUAUGCAACAAUAUAUAGGGCGAAUACUAAGCUGUUGGUGCAGUGCAGGUGUGCCUAUGUUUAUACAGCCUGAAUAACUUACGCUGGGAGAUGCUACCGUUCGCGAUGAUAUGCCUGAGGCAACA